CUUGCUGUGCUUGCUCUAUCUGCUGUGAUCAUGUCUCUUAUAGUGUACUCAUUGCUUUCCUUCGCUGCAAUAUUUUUCGUUAUCUCAACGGCUGGACCUGUAAUACCUGGACCAAAUCAGAUCCCGUAUGGUAGACCAGAAGAAUUUGAAUCUCCAAAACCUUACGAAUUUGCAUAUGCUAUGGAUGAUGGAAACGGAACCCUCCAACACCGUCAAGAAAUAGCCAAUGAAAAUGGAGCUGUCAAGGGAAAGUAUGGUUACACUGACCCAAACGGAAAUUACAGAGAAGUUGAGUACAAUGCCGAUGAAAACGGCUACCACGUAAAGAUCCUGUCCAACGAACCUGGAAUAACCAAUCAAAACAGCGCAGAUGUCGUUUAUGUUGUGAAAGGCAUUCCAUCUGCUUAAUGCACUUCAUUUUUUUCAGCUGCAACUGCUGUCUAGAUACAAAUAGAAAUGUUUCUCGCCAUUCAUUUUUAGCAACUGAUAUGAAGACUGAAGAGUAGAAAUGGAACUCAUUAUUAUCAUAGGGUUCCAUGGUUUU